UUAACUUGACAAAGAUGGCGGACGCCAUGCUGCACAAAGAGAAAGGAGAUAAAACUCCUAAAUCUUCUUUUGAAGAUGACUUACUAAGGCUGGACGAAGAUGAAAUAGCAUAUGAAGGGAAGGGUAAAGGUCCCGCUAAAGGUCCCGCUAAAAGAAAAUGCUCAAAACCUAUUGUCAGUAAAAGUACAGGUAGCGGUCCAAAGGUUAAUAACAAGGACGCUAAAGGAAAGACUCUGGUAAACAAGGGACACGAGGUGUCGGCUAGCACAUCAGAUAGCAAUAAUAAUGUGAUUAUUAAUAUGCUUACUGACAUGAGAAAUGAACAAUCUUCAACUAAUAAAAAGUUGGAAGAUAUGAACAAACGUAUAGAUGUUUUGUAUAAUGAUGAAUAUGAUGAUGAGUAUGAUAAUGUAGGUGAUGUAGAUGAAGAUAUGGACGAGGUCCAUGAACCUGAUGACGGUCAAGAUACCGGUAAUGAACCACCUUGUAAAAAACAGAAAACUGUCUCAAAUAGCGAAGAGUCGAGGUUUUCUAGUAUGAAUAAAAGAUUUAGAUCUGGUGAGAAAUGUGGUGAUAAACUAGAUGAACAUCUAGCAGACAAUAUCACAGAUAUUUUCAGAAAUGGUAUUUCUGAAGAGAAAUACAGAGAACUUAUGAAAGACGAAAAGAGUAAUCGGCCUGAGAAUUGUGAAGGACUUGUACCAGUACAAACUGAUCAGUUAGUAUGGGAUCUGUUAUGGCCCAGAACUAGAACAAAUGACAAUAGAAUGAGACAAUGUCAGACUUCUGUAGUCAGAGGGGCAACUUAUCUGUCCAAAGUAGUUAAUAGACUAGACACAAUUCUAAGUAAAGAAGAUACUCAAAACAAACCUGAGUUGGAAGGUAUUCUUGAUGACUGUAUGGACUCUCUUGCUUUAUUUGGUCAUGCAAAUAAAGAAAUAUGCUUAGCUAGGAGAGAACUCAUGAAACCUGAUGUAAAAGGUGAAUAUAGUCACCUGUUUAAUAAAUCACAACCUUUCAAUAAAUGGUUAUUUGGUGGAGAUGUCUCUAAAACAGUCAAAGACAUUGGAGAAUGUAGUAAGAUUUCAAAUCGCCUUUCAGUUGGUAACGGUUAUAGCCAGUUUAGAGGCGGUUUCCGUGGUGGCUGGAGAUCCUCAUGGAAUAGACGUCGUGGUAGAGGCAGAGGCGGAAGAGGCCGUGGUAGUGCCUCAAGGUCAAUUGACAAAUCUGAGUCAAAAAACUCUCGUUGGACUCACAACAAGUACAGGAAUUAGAUGUUCAUGAUAGGACGCUGUGUAAAGAAGAUUAUAAAAGACAAGGCAGACGUGCUGUUUGUGGGACCACUUUGGCCAACACAACCGUGGUUUGUUCAAGUAAUGAAACUGUUAAUAAACAAUCCAUAUGUUAUAAAAGCAAACAAAAAGCUAUUGACUCUACCAUACAAGGACAUAGUUCAUCCUUUAGAAAAGACAUUGAAUUUGAUGGUAUGUCGGCUAUCCGGAACCGAUUACAAA